AAUUGCGGACAGCACAGCCAGUGGCGCUGAGCCUCGUCAGCUCGCCCAUUGCGCCGUGAGACAUGAGAAGUGGAGCGAGAAGCGGAGCGAGCGAUGAAAACUGCAGCACAUAUCGCCCUAUGCACUUUGGCAGGGCUGCUGGGCUAUCAGAUCCGUCAGCUCUUCAGCAUCACCGGUAAGGGCCGCUGUGAGCAUCGGUGGGCGCUGCCUUCAAGCUUGACAGCCCAAAUCGGGUGGUCGACCGCUCCGUCACCAGAUGCUCCAUCACAGGAGCCAGCUUCAGAUGGGUUUCACAAAGGAAGUUUUCUGGAGCGGGCGCGGCACGUUUCGCUGCAGGUGCCAAAGCCAUUUCAUUGCGAUCCAUUCGACCAUGUGUUGGCUAUCAAUCUGGAAGAUGCGAGGGGUCAAGGACGGCGCGAACAUAUGAUGCGUGAGUUCGAAAAAGCAGGCAUCAAAAAGUACAACUUUUUUCCUGCUGUAGACUACAAGAAGGACUCGCAACUGAAGAGAGAGUUGGAGUUGAUACCAGGUCUUUGCCAAAAUCCUGGCAGAUGUCACAACACCCUUGGCUGUGCUAUGAGCCAUCGCAGAGUCUAUGAGAAGAUUGUGGCAGAGAAAUGGCCCUGUGCCAUGGUCUUUGAAGAUGAUGCUGGUCUGUCCAACAACUUUUCAGGCAGACUUGCAGAGAUGGCGUCUGGAGGAAUGCCUCCCUUCGAUAUCAUUUUUACGGGUUGGUGUCAUGGAACGAAAGAAUCCAAGAUGACCCCAGCCAAAGACCAAACCAGCGUCCCAGAGUUGCUGAACGGAUGGCCAGGGAUGUGCAUUCACGCCUACAUCGUCAGCAUCUAUGGUGCACUGAUGAUGAGCCAGGCAAAUACUCCAAUCGCAAUCACACCAGAUGCGGUGAUUUUUUUGGGCAAACAUCAGAAAAAUCGCACGCGAACACACAUCGACCCACGGGCUGUGCUGAAGGGUUCUAUUUGGUUUACGUCCACACUCAUGGCCUGGCAAGAUGCUGGGGCUGACGGGUUGGGCGGCGGCGUUUGAAAAAAUACCGCUUCGGGUCCUG